GCUUUCUCUGGAAAUCGUGUCCUCAUAUGCUUACGAGGGUAUAAAAAGGAGGUCUGUGGCACACUCACACAGCAGCGAAGCAAAGACACAGUGAUUCGUCCCUGAAGAACCAUUGAAGACCAGGAUGAAUACAGCAAUCCGGUGCAUCGUCGUUCUCCUGGCCUGCGCCACCAUGUGCACUUCAAAGUCCAUUCUCAACUGCCGAUGCGUAAAAACGAGCACGGCCGUGAACGCCUCGCUCAUCCACCGCGUAGAAGAGCUCGAGCCUCGUCCGUACUGCAACAGGAAAGAAGUCAUCGUCGUGCUGAAAGAUGGGAGCUCAAGGUGUCUCGACCCCAAGGGAAGGUUCGCCAAAGCGGUCCUGCUAAUAACACACAUGAAGAGGGUGUUCCACGCCAAUAAGAUGAACACCACGGCGGCACCGACAUCAAAAUGAAAAUGUGUUUAUCAUCGGCUUUUGCACACCUCCCCAGAGGGUCGGUGCAGAAUGGCCGGAAAUUGAUUCACACCACUUGUUUUGUAGCUUUUGCACACUGGGAGAUUAAUGUGACGGCCAGAUGUAAAAGUGUAACUUAUGGAAUACCCAAGUGUAUUCUGGGAAGUGUCCUCAGUCAUAAUGUUCAACUGGUGAACAGGGUGCCUGGUUGUCAUGGACACCGAUGAGACUGAUGCCUUAAGAUUGAAUCCACUGUUAAUGAGAAGUCGUUUCUUUUUAUGUGCUACAUAUUAUUACGGGCCGUCAAGGUUUCUGUAAAAGCUUUUGUUUGGGAUGUCGUUCAAGCUGGCGGACAUUAAUGUAAAGAAGAUCUGAAGUAAA